GCUGAGGGCAGCGCAGGCGGGUAUCCGGUGCAUGGAGAGGUGAGCGCCAAGCAGCGCAGACCGAGUGACCAGAGCUGUGCCCAGCGGAGGGACGGGCCCCUCUGAAGCGGUCGAGGAUCCUGCAUAUGGCACUGACCGGUGCCUCCGAUCCCUCAGAAGAAGCAGAGGGGGGCCAUGGGGAGAAGCCUUUCCUGGUGCGGGCACUGCAGAUCACUCUGGUGGUCUCUCUCUACUGGGUCACUUCCAUCUCCAUGGUGUUCCUCAACAAGUACCUGCUGGACAGCCCCUCACUGCACCUGGACACCCCCAUCUUUGUCACCUUCUACCAGUGCCUGGUGACCACAUUGCUGUGUAAGGGGCUCAGCGUGCUAGCCACCUGCUGCCCUGGUGCGGUGGACUUCCCCACCCUGCGCCUGGACCUCAGGGUGGCCCGCAGUGUCCUGCCACUGUCGGUGGUCUUUAUUGGCAUGAUCACCUUCAAUAACCUGUGCCUCAAGUAUGUCGGGGUGGCCUUCUACAACGUGGGCCGCUCACUUACCACCGUCUUCAAUGUGCUGCUGUCCUACCUGCUGCUCAAACAGGUCACGUCCUUCUACGCCCUGCUCACCUGCGGCGUCAUCAUAGGUGGCUUCUGGCUGGGUGUGGACCAGGAGGGAGCUGAGGGCACCCUGUCUCUGAUGGGCACCAUCUUUGGGGUGCUGGCCAGCCUCUGCGUCUCGCUCAACGCCAUCUACACCAAGAAGGUGCUCCCGUCUGUGGACGGUAGCAUCUGGCGCCUGACCUUCUACAACAAUGUCAACGCCUGCGUGCUUUUCCUGCCCCUGCUGCUGCUGCUGGGGGAGCUCCAGGCCCUCCGUGACUUUGCCCAGCUGGGCAGUGCCUACUUUUGGGGCAUGAUGACACUGGGUGGCUUGUUUGGCUUUGCCAUUGGCUAUGUGACAGGACUGCAGAUCAAAUUCACCAGUCCCCUGACCCACAAUGUGUCUGGCACGGCCAAGGCCUGCGCCCAGACGGUGCUGGCUGUGUUGUACUUUGAAGAGACCAAGAGUUUCCUGUGGUGGACGAGUAACCUGAUGGUGCUGGGUGGUUCUUCUGCCUACACCUGGGUCAGGGGCUGGGAGAUGAAGAAGACUCAGGAGGACCCCAGCCACAAAGAGGACGAGAAGAGCACUGUGGGGGUGUGAGCUCCUUUGGGACACUAGGGUGGCCCAUCCCCAGGGAUGAACUCAGGUGGGGCCAGUACAGCACUUACAGGCUGUCCCUCUGUGGACUCAGGGUGGUGUGGCCUGGAGUGCUGUCGUUUACAGAGCUGAUCAGAAGUCAUGUCAGAACACUGCCAAACCUGUCUCUCCCCUAUCCUAUUUCUGGGAAACCCUACAGGCAGUAGCACAUCACCUGCUCCCUCCCAGACCUGUCUACCUCCACAUCACCUCUGGGGUUGGGACAGGCUGCAGCCUCAGGAGAAAGUCUUGGUUAAGUGAAGUCUUCCCUGAUACUCAAGAGAGAUGGGAGACACCCCACCACAGCCCGCUGAAGGGGGUUGGGAAACCCCAGGACUUUGGGGUCUUGGGCAGACAGUGUAGCUUAGCCCAGUAAACCAGCCUGCCUUGGGAGAGCUGUGUGGGUUGGGCCAAGGGAGGAAGAAAAGCAUUGUGUUGAGACCCACAAGCCAGGGGAAGGACAUGAAGGGUCAGCCAAACCUGUGACUGUCCCUGUGUCCCUAGCAACCUCCAGGGGCAGCUGGGAAUGGAGUGUGUCAUGAGAAUGUGCUCACCUGCUACACCCCAUGGCUGCAGCUUUGGAGCCCGGGGAGCCACACACAUUUUAUAUGGUAGGUAGGGUUUUGAGCACCUCCCCAGUCCCUGCCCACAUUUACCUGCCUGGCUCCUCUACCCCUGAGGGCCACACCUUGUCCUCUCCCCACACUUGGCACCUGGGUCAGGUAACAGACUUGUGGACACUGAGUCAGGGAGCUUCUUCCCCCACUAUCUCCCCCAGAGCCUCAUCUCCAAGUGGGUGGAAGGGGCCUCAUUCAGAGCCUCCACUUCACUGGGUGCUUGUCCCCAGAUCCCUGGUCCCUUGCCUCUUCCCUUGGGAUGGUGAUAAGUACAUUAAUCUUUCCCCUGAGCCUUCAUCCACUGGGGUCUGAAACAGAAUCCCAUAGACCGGGUGGUGAGAAACCCUGGAAGUUAAUUUCUCACAGCUCUGGAGGCUGCAAGUCCAAGGUCCAGGCGCCACCUGCUUCUGUUUCCUGGUUCCUAGGUAGCACCUUGUCUGUGUCCUCACACAGCACAAGUGCACAGGCUCCCUCAGGCCUCUGUUAAGUAGUGCUAAUCCCAGUCAUGAGAGUCUGCUCCGACCUAAUCAGCCCCAAAGGCUCCACCUCCUUGAGGGUGAGGACUCCAACAUGAAU